GCGUCCUUCCGAGGAUGCAACCUUUUAAAUUGGGACAUAUGUUUUGUCACAACAACACAACAACAGAUUGGUCCAUGUAGUUUAAAGAGCUGCGGUCAGCAGACAGUCAGCGGCAGAAGAGGGAGGAGUCAGAGGAGUAAGUCACUACUCCUCCUCCUCCUGUCGCGAACACUACAACACUAAAGAAUGUGAUUAAAAAGCUUUACUUUUUUUUUGCAACGAGGAUUUUCCACACAAUGGCGCAGCCGGCAGAGAAGGUGUAUUACCGCUUCGUGGUGCUGUUCUUCAACUGUCUGCUGACAUUUGGCUCCUACUUCUGCUUUGACAUACCCAGCGUUUUGCAGGAUCAGUUCCAAGGGAACCUGACCUGUCCCAAUGCAACAGUGAUCAAUGGGACAGUGGACUGUGUGGAGGGACUGGGGAUGAGCCCUCAGCAGUACAAUCUUCUCUAUGCUAUCUAUGCUUGGACGAAUGCAGUGGUGGUGAUCUUUGCUGGGUUCCUGAUUGACAAAUUAGGAAAUCGUUUCGGGGUGUUCCUCUUCUCUUUCCUGUGUGUUUUGGGCUCUGCCCUGUUUGCACUGGGUUCCCACUUCAAAGGGACUCCCUAUCUGCUGCCACUGAUGCUCACAGGACGGCUGCUGUUUGGAUCAGGCAAUGGAUCUCUGACCAUCGUUCAGAACCGAAUCACAGCGUUCUGGUUCAAAGGGAAGGAGCUGGCCUUGGCCUUUGGUCUGACCCUGGCCUUCUCACGCCUCGGUUCAGUUUUGAACUUCUUCUUCACCCAGAGGUUUGAAGAAAAUUAUGGCAUGCAGUGGACGCUCUGGGGAGGUGCCAUAUUAUGCGUGCUGGGCUUUAUGUCUGCCGUCGUAGUCAGUAUACUCGACAAGGUUGGAAUGAGGCAGCUGGGACUGGAUGGAAUCACCCAAGACGAAUCUCGCAAAGUGAGGAUCCAGGAUGUCCGGCUUCUGUCACUAAGAUAUUGGCUGCUGGUUCUCACCAUCAUGUUUUUCUACAAUGGCAUCUUCCCAUUCAUUGCGGAUGCCAGUAAGUUCAUUCAGGACAAAUACAAUGACUACAGUCCGAAGGAAGCAGCCUAUAUUGCUGGGGCUGUGUAUGACAGCUCACUGGUCCUCUCAGCCAGCGUGGGCAUUCUCAUAGAUUUUGUAGGUCUGCGGGGUGUGUUUGCACUGGCCUGUGCCAUCCUCACACUCCCUGUGUUUGGACUCCUGGCCUUCACCUCCGUCCCUCCUCUGGUCUCCACCAUAUGGCUGGGCGUCACCUACUCCUUUGCUGCUGCGAGUAUGUGGCCAUCUAUUCCACUCGUCGUGCCUCAGGCGAGCCUGGGAACAGCCAUGGGCCUGGCCACCUCCGUACAGAUGAUUGGGAUUGGAGUGUCUAAUCUGGUUGUUGGUCAGAUUUUAGGCACCGAGUCUAGUGAAACAAAGAUUCCAUUUUGGCGCUGGCAGAGGAUGCUGAUCUUCAUGUUGGCCAACACCGUUUGCUGCAUCAUCACCUCAGUGCUGCUGAAUAUUGUCGACCACAGACAGAGUGGAACCCUGAACAAGACGACAAAGAAGUCGACACAGGCUGCGAGUGACUCGGACACUCAGCCCCUCAACCAGGAAGAAGAAGAAGAAGAUGAAAACGAGGAUGAUGGGGCUGUGAGCUCUCGCUCAAUCAACUAAUGAGUUUUUCAUGUUAAACAUUUCUCUCUGUUGUUGAUAUGUUUUUGUACCAGUAUCCGUUUUUAGAGUGGAUUUGAAUUAUUGAACAGCCAGUGAAAAGUCUUUGCAUUUACACACCGUCUUUGGUUACGGUUGACAGAAUUAAAGGGUGUAAAUACAUUUCUCUCAAACACAAUGACACUUAAAUUAGUAUCUGGAUGUCAUUUUAAUGAUUUUUUAAAUACAAAAAUACAAUUUUAUCAAGGUUAUUCAACCUAUAUUUCUUAAACCCUUUUAGGACGUUUGCAUUUCUUUGAUGUCAAAAACACAUUUUAAUCAUGUGCCUUAAAUUUACAUGCAUUAGCUACAGGAGACUCGAUGCUCAUGCCAGAAGUGCAGUGAGUGCUGACAAUCUCUUGCACUGAGGUGCUCGUCAAAAACGGAUGGUAGCAGUGUUAAAACUGUGACAGAUUUCAUAAGACACGGCUGUCUUCAUAGAAGCUUCGUGAUACUUGAUGAUUUAGCCUUACAGUUUGGGAUUAAUGAACUUUGUUUGUCUCGUUUGACCGACUUUGACUCUGCUUCUGUUGGAGGGUGUAUUUUGUCUUUUGUUAAUUCUUGUCAGUUGUAUUUUGUGAAUUUGUGCUCUAAACUCUGUGUGUUUUGUCUCAGCAAAACAGUGAACACAGUAAGGUCUGUAAGUGGAGCUAAUGACAUCUCACAGCCAGCAGGUAGCGCUCACGACACAUUUGUUUGAAUGGAUUUACUCCAGUUUAGUCAGUGGGAUUGUGAGGACUCUCUUCGUUGUGUGUUAAAGUGGGAGUAGGGGAGUGUGGUGCUUGCUGUUGUGUUCAGAAGCCUGAUGGCCUGUGGGUAAAAGCUGUUUGUGAGCCUCGUUGUCCUAGAUUUUACACUUCUGUAGCGUCUCCCUGAUGGCAGAAGUGUGAAGAAGAGACCGUGUUGUGGGUGUGUGCUGUCUUUGAUGAUGUUGUGGGCCUGCCUGACGACACUGGUCUCGUAAAUAUCCUCACGUUUAGGGAGGGCUGCUCCACAGAUGUACUGGGCAGUUUUUUAUCACCCAUUCGAGAGCCUUCCUGCCCAGAGCAGUGCAGCUCCUCUGUCACACUGUGAUGGAGCUGGUGAUAACACUCUUUUCUGAAAUUUCCCCACCCUUCUGAGGAAGUCGCUGCUGGGUGUUCUUCAGGAACUGCCGAGUGUUGUCUGACCAAGUGAGAUCUUCAUUGAUGUAGGUCCCAGGAAUUGGAAGUUUUUCACCCUCUCCACCGAUGUACAUUGGGGCGUUGUGCUCCUUCCUCCUAGUGUCAUAAUGUCUUUUACCAGGACUUUGCUGGACCUUUUUUUUUCAGCAUUAAACCCAUUAUUUUAACUCUUUAGUUCUUCUAUUGAAGGACGUCCACAUAUCUGAAUAAGGCAUGUUUUUUUAUACCUUUAAAUCUAUUCCUCUGUAAUACUAUGAAAUGCUUUCUGUAUAUUAUUCCUUGCUUGUGUGUCAUUAUUGACAUUGUGUAUUGUUGUGGUCAUUUUACCUAAACUUUCUGUAUAAAUUCUUUUGUGACAUCA